AUGGCAGCCACAAAUGUGGCAAUUGGAGUGAUCUUCUUAUCACAAACUGUCACUGGAAUUCUGGGCAAUUCCUAUCUCCUCCACUAUUAUCUGUUGCUUCACUUCAGGGGGUGCAGGUUAAGGUCUACAGACUAUAUCCAGCAUCACUUGCUUACGGCAAACAUCUUAAGUCUACUGUGUAAUGGAGUGCCCCAGACAAUGGCAGCUUUUGGUUGGAAAGACAUCUUCUGGGAUAUUGGGUGCAAACUACUUUCCUAUCUCCACAGGGUGGGGAGGACAGUGUCCAUCAGCAGCACCUGCUUCUUGAGUGUCUUCCAGGUUAUUACUAUCAGCCCCAUGGGCUCAACAUGGUCAAAGUGUAAAUUGAAAGCUCCCAGGUACAUUGGCUCUUCCACAUAUCUGACCUGGAUCCUGUCCCUUCUUAUAAACAUAGUUUUUCCUGUGCACAUAACUGCGAAGUCCAGCAAUACAAAUAUCACAAGUCUAAAAGAGUUUGGAUACUGUUCCUCUAUCCGUCAUGACAAAGCCAGUGACAUCUUCUAUUCAGUAUUACUCACAAGUCCUGAUGUGUGUUUUGUGGGCCUGAUGCUUUGGUCCAGCAGCUCCAUGGUUUUCAUCCUCUACAGACACAAGCAGAGAAUGAAGCACAUUCGCAGGAGCAAUGUCUCCCUCAGGUCCUCCUCUGAGACCAGAGCCACAAAGACCAUUCUGCUCCUGGUGAGCACCUUUGUAUGUUUUUACACAGUUUCCUGCCUCAUACAUACCCAUUUAGCUCUUUUCUAUCAUCCCACAUGGUUCAUGGUAUAUGCUGCUGCAAUUGUCUCUGGGUGUUUCCCAACUGUGAGUCCCUUUCUGCUGAUGACCCAUGAUUCCUGUGAAUCUUCAUUCUGUCUUCAAUGGGCAAGGAAUAGAAAAUACUAAUCACAUGAUCAACAUGUAAACUAUUUGUUUCUGAACAAUGUUUAGU